AUGUCGACAGCGCCUGUCGAGGUUGCCGAAGAGGCCCUCGAGAAGAAGGUCGAAGCGAUGAAGAUCGUCGAUGGGAACAAUAUGGAGGUUAAGAAAGGAACCACCACCACAGACGGCAAAACCGAACGUCGCGAGCGUAGAUUCGCCCGCAUGACUGAUGAAGAACGUCGCCGUAUUUGGGAGGAGGAGCAGAUGACAAAGAAGGUGGUAGAGACCGGUCUCAAAGGUCAUGUAAAGUGGUAUUCCGUCCUUGGCCACUACGGUUUUAUUUCGCGCGCCGACGGCAAGCCGGACAUCUUUGUGCAUCAAAGUGCUAUUUCGAAGUCACAAACUGAGAAGUUCUAUCUGCGCACGUUGGCUGAUGAAGAAGAAGUUGAAUUCGAUAUCGUUGAAGGACGUAAGGGUCCUGAGGCAUCCAAUGUGACAGGGCCAAAUGGUACGAAUGUGAAAGGUUCCAAAUAUCAAAGAGUACUGCUGUACCGUUUCCGUCCCAAUCGACGCCAAGUGUCACGUGAAAACGACGCUGAGAAAAAGUCCCCUGCUAAUACCAACCAAGCUAAUGCAUCGCCUGACAGCCAAGGGAAGAAACCGCUCAGGGGCAGGAGGCAGGGUCGCCGUUUCCGUGGACGUCGUAACCGUCAACCGCCAACAGAGGAAGCUAACGGUGCAGCACCCGCCACUGAUGGCCAGGUGGCAGCAAAUGGUGAAGCCACUGGCACUACAACGGGGAAGCCGAGUGGUCCGAGACGCCGUGGCAAUUACUUCAACCGUCGUUUCAGACGCCAAAGCAAGAAUGAGCCUAAACGUGAAGGAGGACCUGAAAUUGAGAGUCUCAAUGCGUCGAAUGAUUCUGGACACGCAGCCGAGUCGGAAAAUACUCAAGAUGAUGAGGUGAAGCCUGGAAUGAGACGUCAAGCUGAAUGCGAGAAAGAACCACCGACGCCCGAUCUCGGCAGCGGCGAUGUCAACAACGCUGCCAACUGCGGAAUGAGUGCGGCUGUUUAA